CGGGGAGAGAGAGAGAGUAUGAUGGAUGCGAAUCAGGUAGCAGAGCUUAGAAGAUUCGUCGAAAAGUUGAAAUCAAAUCCUUUUCUGGCUUUCUUCAAGGAGUAUCUCCGAAGUUUAGGAGCUCAAGUUCCCAAGAUUGAGAAAACUGAAAUAGAUUAUGAAGAUAUGGCUGAGACUAAACCAAAUUUCUCUCCUAAACAUGAUGAUGAUGAUGAUGAUGUUAUGGAGUCUGAUGUUGAACUGGACAACUCUGAUGUGAUUGAACCUGAACUAAACCCAAUUUUACUAGUUCUCUCUCUCUCUCUCUUUUCAUGUGAGAGUGUGUUGCUAAAAGUUAAGAAGCCAAAUGCUGCAAUUCGCGAUGCCAACGAGGCUUUACAGUUCAACCCUGAUUCAGCUAAGGGGUACAAGUCACGAGGUAUGGCUAGGGCCAUGUUAGGCCAAUGGGAAGAGGCUGCAGUUGAUCUACAUGUAGCUUCAAAAUUAGAUUACGACGAGGAGAUAGGGACGAUUCUUAAGAAGGUUGAACCCAAUGCAAAGAGAAUCGAAGAACACCGCAGAAAAUAUCAACGCCUGAGGAAAGAAAAGGAGCUUCAAAGGGCUGAGCGCGAGAGACAACAACAGCAAGAAGCCCAGGAGCGAGAAGCUCAGGCUGCACUCAAAGACGGACAAGUGAUUAGCAUCCACUCAACAAGCGAACUAGAAGCAAAGAAAAAGGCCGCUAAGAAGGCAUCGCGUCUGCUCAUCCUUUACUUCACAGCCACAUGGUGUGGACCGUGCCGUUAUAUGUCUCCUCUGUACUCAAACCUGGCAACACAGCACCCGAGAGUCGUUUUCUUGAAAGUUGACAUAGACGAGGCCAACGACGUGGCUGCAUCUUGGAACAUUAGCAGCGUCCCGACCUUUUGCUUCAUCAGAGAUGGCAAAGAGGUAGACAAGGUUGUCGGAGCUGAUAAAGGUUCCCUUGAGCAGAAGAUUGCACAGCACUCUACUUCUAAGUAAGGGCUUAUCUCUUCUCUCAUUACUCUCUUCGCGUGUACUGUAUCUAUGCAAUACAAUCGUUUGUCCCAUAAUUUAAAUUUGUAGAAUAACUUUCUUAGGAUUUGUAAUUUGUUUACAUGACAGAUCAGAUCAGUAAUAAAUAUAACAGCUAAAAGAGGGUUUAAAAGAGCA